UCAGGCUGAUGGAGCUGCGCUGCCUCUCGGCCUUCUUGGCACUUCACGUGCUGUGUUGUAUCGAUGCCUAUCCCAGCGGUGCACCUACAGGCGCCUGCGUGGACAUGAUACCUCGACACUCCGGGGUGCUGCCGCAGCCUUCACCGGCUCCCUACUCUGUUCUCACCAACGCCAUCAGUUACCAGCCGGGGAAUCCCAUCACAGUGACGAUCACUGGACCAGAAUACAGAGGUGUGCUUCUGGAGGCUCGGACAAGCGGCAGCACCAACGCCCUGGGGACCUGGAAUCUUCCUCCUCCAGACACCAGGUUUCUUGAGUGCAACGGGGCACCACAGGGGGCUGUUACUCAUUCCAACACCAACCUGAAGGGCAACACCACCGUAUACACAUGGAUCCCACCCAAGUUAACCGGCCCUGUCUAUUUCAUGGCCACCAUAGCUCAGCAGCGGACGGUCUUCUGGAUUAAUGUGAGGUCCAGCACUCUGACCAGCGGGAAGCCAGGAGGUCUCAGCUUUGCAGCGGGUGCAGGUGCCGGACGGGCUGAAGAAAAGCCUCUGCUCCUCCUCGUGUUGGGUUUUCUAAUGUUCCAAGUGCUGGCGUGAACACGAUGUGAAAAGGAAAAACAAGGCAAUCUAUAACUGCUGCAGUGUGUUACAAAUCACAGAAUCUAUUGUUAUAAAAUCAUCAAUUUGAAGUCGUCUGGCCUCACGUCUCGUUACUGCACAUUUUAAACGUACCCCAGUUAGAAAAUGUGUCAUCGAGGCUCGUCCGUGGCUUUUAUGGUGCGUGUUCUGUCAUUUUUCAUACGUAACAAAAAUACGUGGACGCCCGCUAAGAGACGAACUGGGACACUUUUACAGACCUGAACCGCCAUUUAAAUAAUUCUAGCCCUAUCUUUGGAAAACAUGAAACGUUUCUGAGCGUCAGGUACAGGCAGAAAAGUGGCGAGAAAAGUCCACCACUAUAUUUAACACUUUACGUCAGCAUAGCGAUGUUG